AUGGACUCGGGGCGCGAAUCCAAGGCGAUGAGCAGGAAGAGCGGCCUCAGCUCUUCAACGAAGCUGGUCGGGCUCACCGCCUUUGUUGCGACCUUCAUCGACGGCUCUUUGUAUGGAGUGCUGGUGCCAAUUCUUCCAUAUUCUCUCGUUGAGAGACUGGAUGUCGCACCCGAAGAUGGUAGGCAGGAUCUUCCGACUUCUCUCACUCCCGAAGAGAUCGUGCAUGACGCUGACGAAGAUGAGACAGUUCAAUUCUGGCUGUCCAGUAUGCUGGUCGCCUUCGGGCUUGCCAACGCCAUCAGUUCACCAUUCAUUGGUUGGACAUGCGCAAGCAUAUGCACGAUGAGAACCAUGUACCUGAUAGCUCAGAGCACAGCUCUGCUGGCCACGCUGCUCAUGUGCUUUGGCGGCAGCAUAUGGAUCCUCAUAGUCGCAAGAUGUCUGCAGGGAGUGACAGCUUGUGCGAUCUAUGUCAGCAGCAUAGGCAUGAUACAUGAGAUGGUGCCAUCUGGCCUUCGAGGAGCCUGGAUCGGCUUUGCUCUUAGUGGACUGAGUGCUAGUCUGGUUGGCUCGCCAUUUCUUGGCGGUCUCCUCUACGACCAUGGAGGAUACAAUGUCGUCUUCUAUGCCAUAUCAGGUUUGAUCGGCGUUGCAAUUGGACUACGGCUGAGCAUAGCCGAUGCUCCGCUGAGGAAUACUGCACCGUCCUCAGACAUAUCCGAGGAGUCGCCGCUUCUGCCGGCUACAACUGUCCAAAGCAGCGGCGCAGGCAGUGGAAUAGGGUUGGAGUUGCGCCGGAUGCGGCUUGUUCUAGCAUCUCGACGCCUCCGGGCUGCGCUUCUUGGCGGGUUCAUCCAUACCACGGCCAUCACUGGAUUUGACGCUGUUCUUCCACUCAUGGUGCAGCGUACUUUUUCUUGGGGGUCGACACUGGCUGGGACUGCAUUCCUCGUACUGGCCUUGCCGAGCUUACUCAGCACGUUUGCCGGACUCCUAUCGAGCAAGUUUGGAGCUCGAAAUACUGCCGCUUGUGGAUUCUUCCUUACCAUAUGUGGAAUAUGGCCAAUGGCCUUGAUACGCCACAACCAAACUGUCGAUCACAUUCUUUUGUAUAUCUUGCUUGCCACAACCGGACUAGGCCUGACCUUGGUGCUUGCUCCAUUGGCCACGGACGUUUCGGAUGUAGCAGAUGAGUUGCGUGGUACGCAUCCCGAUCUCUUCGACCGCGGAGCUUUUGCUCGAACUUACUCCACCUUCAAUAUCGGCAUCAGUCUGGCCACUGCCCUUGGUCCUGCAUUGUUGGGUUCUCUGUACCAUGUUAGCACAUGGGCGGUGACGGUCACCGUCUUGACAGCCAUCUGCGCUGUCGCUGGCAUUGUUGUGUUUUCAUUUACUGGCGGGCGUGACCAACAGGACGAAGAUACUGAAUGA